AUGUUGAUGGGUUGGUUGCUAGUGGUAGGACGACAAGGUUGGGGUGGGGGUGGUGAUGGUGACAAAGGUGGAAGAGCUUGUGGUUGCAGUGGCAAUGGUGAUAGGGUGGUGGUAGCGACGAAGGUGAUAUGGGUGGUGGUUGCGGUGCAAAUGGUGGUGAGGGUGGUGUUAGCAAUAAUGACAGUGCAAGAAGGUUGUGGUAGUAGAGGUCGUGGGGGGGUGUACUGA